AUGAGCAUAAGCGUUUACAAGAACAAAAUAUUCAACACCAAAGAUGUGGUCGAUGUAUGCAUACACCAGAGGCACCUGAAGCUGGAGUCGUCCAGUUUUAAGGAUUCCGUUUAUAAAUUGAACGAGCAUAAAAGAAGUGUGGACGAGUUAGCAAAGGGAGAUGGGUUGUUCAUCAAUCAAGCGAAUGUAAAUGUUGGGGGAGAAAAUGCCCCAAAAGAAGGAGGGCAGAUCGGGCAAGGAAAAUGCCGCAGCUAUCACAUGGACGAAUUGAAAUGCUUGUACUUUUUUUUUCUGAUAAAUAUGCUACGAUUUAAGAACAGUUUGGAUUUAAAUUUGAUAAGGAGCGUUUGCUGUUCUAUCAACAGCACCUCAGAAUGUAUCUGCGGGGUCGAGGAGUCAUGUUCCUCAUCAAUUGUUCCUCUGCCGAAUAAACCAUCACAAGAGGGAUUUCCUCACAGUGAAGUACUAAAACAGUUCUUCAUUUCGAAUUUGAAAAAAUGUGCUAAAUUGGAAUACAACCUGAAUGAUUUCAACAUGUGUAUAAGUGUUGUUCUAGAAAACUGUAGCAUAGUUUUUUUAAAUGCCUACAAAACGGUAUUCUUGUGCAAAUACCUAACCUGCUGCCUAUGUAACGUUCUGGAGUUAUUUCAAAUAAACUGUGACGUGUUAUUUAAAAACGCUUUUAACAAUAACGUGAAUAAUAGUAACAUACAAUCGGUGAAUGAGCUGAUAAGCAAAAUCAAAUGGAUGACACAUGAUUCUAAGGUGGAGAAGAAUAAGGAGUUGUCCAAAAGUUUAAGCGCAAACUUGUUAUUGUUUGUUUAUACGCAAAGUAAACUAACGGACGACGGGGAAUAUUUUAUGUACCUAAUAAAUCAAAAUUUUAAGAACAGCAUAGAUAGCUAUAGAAGUGAGUACACAGACGAAAUGAACUCGUUAAAUAGCUAUAUCACCAUGUUGUGUAAAAAUAUGAAUGAUACCCUUGCGGUCCACAUUAGGAAUAUGCUUGAUAUUACAUCCAAGGUGGUGCCAUUAUUCGUUGCGAAGAUGAACGAAUUUCUUAAGACGAAUGAACAAAUUGUUCAAGAGCACGCAGAUCUGAAGAAACCUCUGUCAAAUGGAUUUAUACUGCUAGAUGACAGCAUCGCUGAAGGAAGCACAUCAUCAGGUUCCAUCCUCUCCAAGUUGUAUGAAGAGAAAUAUUUAAAGAGCAUCGAAGAGAGAUUCCACCAGAUGCUAUAUCCCAACGAGUUGCAAAAGUUUAGCGAAAUGAACAGCAUAUUUUGCGAGUUGCUAAUUCUACUGACAGAUAUUAUUAUUCAGACGAACAUUAUGUACGACAUAAAGGCAUAUAACAAGGCAUUAGCCCAAGUGUUGAAAAAUAAAAAAGUGUCUGGAGGCGUUCACCACAUAGGGGUAGGGUGUCUUGAGUUUAAGAAUUUUCUCUACUCCCUGAUGGGAGAAAGGGGGGACUCCCAGUUGGGCACUUCUAAACCAACAGAGGGAGAAUCAAACGAAAUGAUACCCAUGAGUGCAAGAAAAAUUGUUAUCAAUAAUUCCUUUCCUUCGUUAAGGAGAAAGUUAAAUGUGUACAAAUUGGAUGAGCAAAUAGAGCAAGUACUAAUCCAGAAGAAUAUCAAUUUUAAUUUGAAGGUUCCAAAAGGUGCUAAAGACUUUACAGGAGAAGACAUGCAAUUGAGAAAUAUCUUUUUCGAUUUUAUAAAGAAGAAAUUUUUACUACACGGGGCAGUAGAAAUAGAUACUCCCGUUUUUGAACUAAAGGAAACCUUAACAGAUAAAUAUGGAGAAGACUCUAAAUUAAUAUUCGAUUUAAAGGAACAAGGAGGAGAAAAUCUAUCUCUUAGAUAUGAUCUAACUGUUCCUUUAUAUCGCUUUGUCAACACAAAUAAUUUGAAUUCUCUAAAAAGGUUUCAUAUAGGAAAAGUGUACCGGAGAGAUGAACCUAGCAUGAACAGAGGCAGGUUUAGAGAAUUCUAUCAAUGUGAUUUUGACAUCGUAGGAAAAUAUGACACUCUCCGUACAGAUUUCCAUAUUUUGUUCAUAUUUUGGGACAUUUUAAAUAAUUUAAAAAAUGUCAUUGGUAAUUUUAACUGCAAAAUAAAUCAUAGAAAAAUCUUAGAAUACAUGCUUCUCUCCAGUAAUAUUCACAAGGAUAAGGUAAAAACAAUUUCCAGCAGUAUAGACAAAUUGGAUAAAAUAACGUUUCAGCAAUUUCGGGAUGAGUUAUUAAAUGAGAAAGGAAUCCCUGUGGAAUCGGUAGAUAAAAUCGAAACGUAUAUUUCGAAGACGUUAAGUUUGUCACCCUUUUUAGUCAUCGAAUUUUUGAGAAACGAUUUAAGUGAAUCCCCUUUUGAAGAAUCUUACAAAAAUGAAGUAUAUCAAGUUAUAAAUCAUUUAGAGGAACUUUUUGAGUUGUUAAAACAUUUUAAUAUGCUUAAUCAAUUUUCUUUUGAUUUAUCCCUCGCCAGGGGCUUGGAUUAUUACACGGGAAUUAUAUUCGAAUUUGUUCUCCUGUCCGAGACGGGAGUAGGGAGUGUAGCUGCAGGCGGGAGAUAUGAUUACUUGAUAAGAAACAAGCGAAAGGAGUAUAUCCCAUCUGUUGGCGCUUCUGUGGGUAUUGAGAGGAUCAUUGCCAUCGCUGAGGGGGUGGUAAAGAAGGGUGGCUUGCUUCUGCCUCCAGGGGAGGGUGGCCUCCUUACUAAGAAGGAAGUAACGAUGGAGGAUGCUCCCUUAGGGAAGGUUGCUUCAUCGGUGAAUGUCGCUUCUUCUGGCCUAUCCCUGAAGGAAAAUUCGGUAGAUGUCCUCAUUUGCAACAUCAAGAAAAAUUGCUUUAAGGAGACCAUCGAGCUGUGUAAAAAGUUGUGGGAGGAGGACAUAUCGACGGAAUUCAUCUACGUGAAGGACCAGAAGAUACAGAAGCAGCUGGUUUAUGCCUUGGAGAAGCAGAUUCCCCUGGCCGUCAUAAUUGGCGAUGAAAUUGAAAGGGGUGUUAUCAAACUACGAGAGUUGACACAGGACAAGGAGAAGUCGGCGGGGGAACGGGAAAUCAAGUUAGAUGAUUGUGUGCAGGAGAUAAAAAAUUACUUUAGUGAAAACCUGACCUGGAAGCAGAGUAUCACGAAGGCUCUGUUUGGCAGACCGGGGUUGUAG